GCGAAUACCCUUUUGAGGAUCUCCAUUUUAAUGGUCAUUUUAGUUUUCAACUUUUGGAAUUUUGUUUGGUCUAUAGUGUUUUUGUUGUUCAAAUUUGUACUACAUUUGUCCCAAAGAUUCAAUUUUUGAAGAAAAUCUCUCUUGCAUGUGCACCUAGAUAAGUUUUCUCUUAUCUAAUUGUUUUUUUUUUUUUUUUGGCUUAAAGAAUUUGAGAUGUAGUAUAUGUUAUUUGUGUAUGUGGACACAAGGUUACUUUGUAGCGUGUAUUUGUCAAAGUAUAUGCGUUUUCAUUGACUUUUUCAUUUUAAUUUAUUCAGUUUUUGGGAUAAUAUAGUAGUGAUUAGGUCUUCAACUUUGGAUGCUGGCAAAACAUUUUCUAGUGUUACUUUAAAGCCUUAGAAUAGUGAUUGAAUAUGCUUAAAAGGGUCAUCAUAUUGACCUAAAUUGGGUCCCAUUUGAACCAGGAUUUCAAUCCAAAGCUAUUUUUUUAGCCAUUAAUAUAUUUCUUCAUGUUCCUAGUUUUCUUUGUUUACUGUUAUUUUAUGGUCCAGUUUGAUAUUUUGUAGGUCAUAAGCUCUUUAAUUCAAUCAUAAGCUGUGGAUUUUGUUUUUGUUUUCUCACAUGGCAAAUUUCUUAUAGGGCAAUAGAGGAGCAUUUGCUGUUUCAUGAAAGUGUCUGCAGGCAGUAUUCAUUGCCAGCUCCUUCCCACUUAUGGGGCUUUGAAUGUCUUUUUUGAGAAGCUGGAACCAGUUUUCUGUCUUUUCAUCUGCUUCCGCAAGCAGAAAUAGACAUGGUUAGAGGAGACAGAAUAGCCUGUUAUUCGAAUUUGCUGCUUUCUGUCUCUAUUGGAUUCUUGCUCUUUUCAGUAGUCAGUUCGCAAAUUCCUUUGGGUUCCAAACUAACAGUAGAAGAGAACAAUUGUUGGGUCUCAUCCAACGGGGACUAUGCAGUUGGAUUCUUGAACUCCUCCGACCAGUAUAUCUUUGGCAUCCGUUUCAAUUCGAUUUAUAUUCCUAGCAGUGAACAAACAGCCAUUUGGACGGCAGGCAAUGUUAAAGUUAGUAGCAAAGCAUAUUUUGAGCUUUCCCGAAGUGGGGAAAUGAUAUUGUUUGAUCCAGCAACGGAAAAAAUUGCUUGGCAAAACAAAACUGGCAAUGCAUCUGUUGAAUCAGCUGUUCUGCUCGAUAAUGGCAACUUUGUGCUGUUAAAUAGGAAUAAGAGUGCUGUUUGGCAGAGCUUUGAAAGUCCAUCUGACACAUUGCUUCCUGGCCAGAGUUUAUCUGUUGGCCAUACUCUUCGAGCUUCUAGUAGGGAUUCUUUAGCAAGUUAUUACAGUCUUGUUAUGAAUGUUUCUGGUGAGAUGCAACUUAGGUGGGACUCCACUGUCAUUUACUGGACUGUUGGGGGUCCUUCUCAACCUGCUGUCCGGUCCAUUCUUGGCUCUGACGGAAUCCUCCGACUACUUGAUCAAAGAUCAAAAGUUGUUUCGUCUGUCUAUGGUGAAGACUACAGUGAUCCUGAUGUGAAGUUUCGGUUCCUGAGACUAGAUUCUGAUGGUAAUCUUCGGAUGUACUCGUGGAAAACUAAUGCCACGUCAUGGACAACAGUUUGGCAAGCUGUAAUCAAUCAGUGUGACGUCUUUGCGACAUGUGCUAACCAAGGUAUAUGCAUCUUUAAUGCAUCAGACUCUUAUGUUUGUCAGUGUCCAUUUAGAUCUACUAGAGACACAAACACCAAAUGUCUGAUUCCAUACAAACCAACUUGUGAGUCUGGUUCAUCCAUGAUCCGAUAUGAUCAUAUGUACUUGUACGGGAUAUACCCACCAAACAAAACAGUUGUGCAAACCAAUUUGCAGCAGUGUAGAAGUCUGUGUCAGAAAGACCCGUCCUGCCAUGCAGCAUCCUUCAUCAACAAUGGGACUGCACAAUGCCACAUGAUGAAGUCCCAAUACGUUGGCGGUCAAUCAGAUCCCUCUUUGGGUUCCAUUACUUUUGUCAAGACUUGUUCAGACCCAAUUGCUGUUUUACCUGCGCCUGUACCUGCUCCGAGAAAGGUAUCACAGAAAAUCUGUGUUGCUUGUCUGUUAGAAGUCGCUGCUGGAUCAGUUGUUGUGUUUUUCAUGCUUCAAUUCGGGAUUGGAGUUUACCUGUUCAGGAGAAGGAAAAGUAUGAUGCAGAAAUCUGUUCCGGCCCAUACGGUGCCUAAUGCUACCGGUUGCAUCGUGUUGUCUUACUCGGAAAUCAAAGAUCUGACAGACAAUUUUAAGAAACAAAUUGGACAGAAUGUGUUCGAAGGUGUACUUCCAGAUACCAGGCUUGUUGCGGUUAAAGAUCUUAAUGCCUCUAUAGAAGAAAGGAGGUUUCGGAGUGCAGUCCUAAAAAUAGGAAGUAUAUAUCACAAAAAUCUUUUGAGGUUGGACGGUUAUUGCUGUGAGUCAGGCCGUAGGUUAUUGGUUUAUGAGCUUGCCAAGUAUGGUUCGAUUGACAAAUGUUUAGAAGAACCUAGAAUGUGCAAGAGAUUGACAUGGACGAAAAGAAUAGAUAUAUGUUUGUCAGUGGCAAGAGCCAUAUCUUACUUGCAUACAGGAUGUAGGGAGUUUGUUAGUCAUGGAAAUUUGAAAUGUGAGAAUGUGUUCUUAGAUGAAGAAUUAGAGGCUAAAGUAAGUGAAUUUGGGCUGAGGACGAUUCAAGCUGAGGCGUCCAGUAGUGGGGGACUAGCAGAGACAGAUGUAAGAGAUUUUGGUAAGAUGAUGGUUGUAUUAAUCACCGGACGGCAAGAUGCGGAUGAGGCUUGUUAUUGGGCAUACGAAAAAUGGGUUAAAGCUGAAAGAGAAAUGGCCAUUGAUCAGCGAAUUGAGGGUGGCGUCGACUUGGAAGAGUUAGAACGAGCAUUUAGAAUUGCAUUUUGGUGCUUACAAGGUGAUGAACGUAUGAGGCCAUCAAUGGGAGAGGUAGUCAAGGUACUGGAGGGAACUCUGUCUGUCGAUCCUCCACCACCUCCUUUUGCUUAUAACCAACAGAGACCACCUGAAGACGAAUCGCUGUCUGAAUCAUAUUCAGAACUGUAAUAGUUCUAAUUCGUGUAUUUCAUUCCCAAUCAGUCAUCGGUUUCUGUACAGAACUAACAACCAGGCACCUACAGCUUGGCAUGAUGUAGAACGCCUAGUUUUUCCAUUAUUCCAAUGCUCAUUCUGAGAAUCAAGAUGCGCAUUUCCCGCUCUGCCUCCUCUGAAACUGUAACAUUGGUAUGUAACCCUCCAAUUGCAAUUUUUGUGUAAGAAAAUCCUGAUACAGAACCAGGUUACUUUUGAAAGUUCUUGAUUCUGUUCAAGUUAAUUGUAACUGUUUAUUGCAUUUGUUCACAGUUAGUAUUUAUUUGGAGGUGACUAAUCUUCCUCAA